UUCCAAGCAGGGUUCAUGGAGCCCCUUGUCCCUGAGAAGAAAUGUGUUUGCUUUCAGGAGCCUCUUGUGAUCUCUAUCCAUUAUUUGUUAUUUAUUUUGGGUUAAUAGCGUUAAAGGUUUGGGCGGGCGGACGGCAAUCCUGAUCAAAAUUGAGGCCAAUCGUUGGUUGAAGAUCACUGCCGACCUGCGUUGCGCUGUUUGAAAUCAGGUGCCAUGAGACAGACAGACGCAAGGCCAGAAAUAACUGGGGCGGAGGGGGUCAGGACCGGGGCUAAUGCCAGCAAGCGCCUGUAAAAAAAGCCAUGAAGGAACGUGUGAUUUGAUUCCAGUGCUACUACUCCGUACUUGAGGGUGAAACACGGCCGGGAGUAGGCUUCAAAGACGCUGGCAGCCAAUAUCGCGCGGUGACUGCUGGUGUCUGCUACAAGGGAGAGUAACAAGAAUAACAACAAAUAUCUGGCUGUGGUGAUAGUCUUUGGUGCUGACCACUGUCACCAAUGGGCGCUAAUUCACUUAUUCAUAUAUAACAGUGGUUAUCAACUUCCCAUCAAUAGAUGUAAGUAUAUAUAUGCUGUAUAUAUAUGAUGUUGUCACCAUCAUCACCUGACUUUCUCGACAGGUAGUCCAGAAUCAAUCCAUCCAUCAUCCAUCAUCCAGACUCCUUUUACUUCUUAUUUUGACAACAAACAACAAACUUUCCUUCGUUGUCUCAGAACUGCGGGCCAUUGAUGAAUAUCUAACUGCUUUGUUUCCCCCCGCCUCUGUCCCUCUCUCUGUCUGUGUCUCUCUGUGUCUCUCUGUGUGUCUCUCUCUGUGCCUCUCUCUGUCUCGCGCUCGCUCUCCUGCUUUCUUUCUCUCUCUUCCUAAACAUAUCUAUCUCUAUACCACUACCCUCUCAUUUCAUUGUAGUUUUUAUCUCACCAGCCCCUGCGCCCAGGGCCCCCUUUGGGCGUCUGAAACAACAAAGCCUUUGACACGCCAACAAAUCGAUCCUUGAUCUCGUUUGACAUAAACUAGACUCCGGACCGCCUCCGCGCAUUGCCCAUCCUUUUUCAUCUUUUAUUUACUACUCCUGCCUCCACAGGCCAGAAGUUGGAAGAGCGGCCUCCCCUCCGCCUUCUCUUAUCCAUCCUACAGCCGCAAAUUGCACUUUCAAGAUGAAUGUAAACAAGAAAAUCGGUCGCUUCAAGCAGUGGGCGGGGGAGCGCAUGGGAUCGGAAGCGAAAACUAAAGUCUCAGAUGACUUCAAGGCGCUGGAGAUGGAGAUGAACUUGAGACAUGAAGGAAUGGAGCGACUCCAGAAAUCAAUGACAUCCUAUGUGAAAGCGUUGUCCAAGCGCAAUGAAGGAGAUGAUAAGGAGAAGACUCUACCAGUUGGAUAUUUGGGUACAACUAUGGUGAACCAUGGAGAAGACUUUGAAAGCACCUCAGAAUUUGGACAGUGCCUUAUCAAUUUUGGACGGACAAACGAACGUAUCGCGAGGAUCCAGGAGACUUACAUCGCGAAUGCGACUACCAGCUGGCUGGAGUCGCUCGACCGGUCACUUGUCCAGAUGAAGGAAUAUCAGAAUGCGAGAAAGAAGCUGGAGGCCCGUCGGAUCGCAUAUGAUGCUUCCCUUACCAAGAUGCAAAAGGCGAAACGAGAGGACUUUAGGGUGGAAGAAGAGCUGCGGAGUCAAAAAGCAAAAUAUGAAGAGUCCACCGAAGACGUCUACAGGCGGAUGGAAGAUCUUAAAGAAGCUGAAGCUGAUAGCAUUGCUGAUUUGGGAGCAUUCUUGGACGCUGAACUCAACUAUUACGAUCAAUGCCGAGAGGUUCUUCUGCAACUCAAGGAUAACUGGCCAGCUGGCCAAACACAAUCGCAAGGCGGUUCAUCCAGACGACCUGGACGAAAUUGGUCAAAUACAGCACAUUCAUACCACGAUCGGUACGAAGCCGUGCAAGAAGAGCCUCCUACUCCAACUUCAGAGCAUCGGCUAGCCAUAAAAUCCAACCGAGCCGUUUCCAUGUAUCAGAAUGGAUCUCCACCCAGGGCUUAUUCCCCCGAUUCGCCCUACCAGCACCGACCAAACAUAGCCCGCACCUCAACAUUCGAAGGGCCCUCCCAGCUGAGGCGCGAUGAGUCGCCCGCCGUACCACACCGCAUGAGUCGCAUAGCAAGCGACAGUGCAGCCUUACGCAAUAAUAAUAGUAGCGGUAGUAAUCACCAUGGCCAACUGCACCUCCGAACCGCAAACAGACCUUACGACCACUACCUGGAGUCCCCAGACGAUGCAUCCUACGGCAAAGGCGGCGGCGGCAGCAGUCCUGAUCGGUACUUCACUGGAGGCCGUUCCGUAUCGCCCGCGACGUCAAAUGGCAGCGUCAUAUCCCGAGCUGCGAGUGUGACGGGCUUUCAUCAAGCUGGGGGGAGUUCGAUUGGCAAAAAGGGCCCUCCCCCGCCUCCGCCGUCGCGGGCUAAGAAGCCACCUCCUCCUCCACCGCCGGCGGGAAAGAGACCCAUUGGUGCUGCUGCUCAUAUGUGAUUGAAUAUCUUUGUACUUUCAAUACGCAAAACUUGGCAAAGAGAUUCCCCUCCACCCCUCCACCCCUUUUCUUUUUUCGGUCCCAUGUUACAGGCGCUGGAUAAGGAAUUAUGUUGAUGACGAUCGAAUGGCCUCCCGCCCCUUGGAUUUCUUGAGCUGGUCUUAUAUUUUUGGGCAAAAGGGACCUUUUCUAUAAUUCUUUUGUUCUUCUAGCCGUCCAGGAGUUGCGUCUCUUUUCUUUCCCACUUCCCCUUUUUUUUCCUUUUCCUUGUAUUUUUUUUUUUUAACUCUCCAAUUGUGUUUGUCUUCGGUGCUCCUAAUAAUGUCAGUGUAUUAAUUAACCACCCCGGGGGUACUUAACGGUACACGUCUACCAAGAAAUAUUAAAAGAUCCUCCCCAGAUAAUCUGUCUAGCACGGAUAAUAUUCUUAUAUAUGAGAGACUACUGCUCUUCCUUUCGCCCCUCCCCUCUUUCCCCCCCUAUUUUUUCUCCUUGGACAACGAUAGACGACGAGAAUGGGAAAAUUUUUGUUUGGAAAUAAAGAAAGGGUGAUUACAAAAUAUCCAAGCACCAUUUUUAUUUCAUGUGCGAGAGAUUCGGUUUCGGUUCUUUUUUUGGGGGCCGCUCCUACCCAGGGGCUUCAACCCCACAAACUCAACCGGCUGAUGUACACACAACAUUGAUCCCUACCCAGGUCAGCACUCGCAACAGAUCGUGCGCGAUGGCCCGGGGGAGGAGAUCGUGCAAAUUUAGAUUCUAAAGGCGACAACAAAUAUAGCCGUGUUCAUCACGCUGAUUGGCAUUGUUUGUCUCUGAGGGUCUGAGGGAGGAACCACCCCCCCCCCCCCCCCUAAAACGGCACCCCUGGAGAGCAUGACGGGGAAGAUUCGCUAGAGAUGAGAUGGGUGACGGCUAAGUUGAGGUGGACUUGGUGUCUAGCCUCCAUCUUUGGACAAGUAGAGCCUAGACCUUGUUAUAUUUUGUUUGUGUCGUACUGUACCAAUGUGGGCAAAAUCAUGGGUCCGUCUGGAAAAGCGGGUCUUGUCGGUGCGAGUCGUUGUGGGUUGGAUGAUAGUACGUAGGAGACAGUCUUGUUUUCCAAUUGUG